AUGUUUUUCACGCACGCCAUCAUUGCAGCUCUAGCUACUAGUGUCCUGGGACAUGGUGUUGUUCAGACCCCAGAGCCCAGAACGACUGGCGCCAAGCAGGAAGAGCUCUGCGGAGCAGCAGUGACCAAGAAGCUCGACAGCGACAUCGCCGGUCCCAUCGAAAACUCCCUUGCGGUGGCGGAUGCCGACUACAAGUGCAACUUGUUCCAAUGCCGUGGCUACCAGUACGAGGAUAAUGAGGACAACGUUCGCGUCGUCAAGGCCGGCGAAGUCAUCCCUUUCCACAUCGACCUUGUUGCUGGACACAGACCAGGACACGCCAACAUCUCCGUGAUCGACCUUGCGAAUAACACCAUUAUCGGCGAGCCGCUCAUCUCGUGGUCUGACUGGCCCACCACCGACCCCGACCCGUUGGCCGACACUGACUGGAACAUCACCAUUCCCGAUACCCUUGCCUCCGCUUGCGACGUUGGUGGCAAGUGCGCGAUCCAGUGGUUCUGGUACGCCGAGACGAACAAGCAGACUUACGAGAGCUGCAUCGACUUCUACAUUGGCGCGUAG